UUGUACUAGUCAAAGGUCAACAACGGAGAAAUAUUCAAAGUCUUUGGGAUAAAGGCGUUAAUACUAAACCUUCAAACUCAAACAGUUCAUUUUUUGACAAAAAUGCUUGCCUUUUCGCAACUACUGCUGGAACUGGAUUAUGUGUUGCUUCUGCAAACGCUAUCAAUCAAUUACUGGAAAUUCCGUACGACGCACAAAUGUUACGCACGCGAAAUAGAGUUCUUGUUCGUAAUGCAAUAUCUCCAAUUCAUGCCUUUUCGUUUGGUACUUUGACCGGAAUAACUGGUGUAGGAAUCUUGUCGACUAUGGUUAAUCCUUUAACUGCUAUUUUAGGUGCUUCUAACAUCUUGUUAUAUACUUGCGUUUAUACUCCUAUGAAACGAAAAACAAUUGCAAACACAUGGAUUGGUGCAAUCGUUGGUGCAAUACCUCCAAUGAUGGGCUGGGCAGCAUGUACAAAUAACUUGGAAUUAGGCGCUUGGAUAUUAGGUGGUAUUCUUUAUGCUUGGCAAUUUCCUCAUUUUAAUGCUCGUGCUUGGAAUAUGCGAUCUGACUAUUCAAGAGCAGGGUAUCGUAUGAUGGUUGUGACAAAUCCAUUAUUAAAUAGUAGAGUAUCAUUAAGAUAUACUUUAGCAUUAUUUCCUUUAAGCUAUAUGGCUCCGUAUAUUGGUAUGACAACUUGGUGGUUUGCGUUAGAUUCAAGUCUAAUUAACUGCGUACUUUUAUUGAGUGCUUACAGAUUUUGGAAAGAUUCGAAUGAUAAAUCUGCACGUGAUUUGUUUUUUGCAAGUCUUGUACAUUUACCAGUAAUUCUCGCAUUAAUGAUGGCUCAUAAAAAAGAUCAAGGAAUUACAAUGAACCAUGAUCUUCUAGAAGUGGAUGAAAAAGAAUUGGAAGAGGUUUUGCUGGAAUUAGAAUCAUAA